GGCACCUGAUACCAAAUUUGAACAUGCAUGCGCUAUUGUGUUGACAUAGUAACGCGGCGCAGCUGGCCUGCGCUGGUCAGAGCCUGGAUUCACCUUCUUAGCUCCUGUCUUUACUAGAUCUUGAAGUGGUCUCUCAAUAAUGUCGAAACUACUCCGGGUCUUAAACCCGGCCAUAACGCAGUACAGGGAUCGGCGCUUCGAAGGCACAGAGGCUGACUGGGAGCACGCACUGACCUCCAGUACCACUGUGUACGUGGGCAACCUGGCCUUCACCACGCGCGAAGAGCAGCUGUACGACGUGUUUGGGCGGGUGGGCCACAUCAAGCGCAUUGUUAUGGGGCUGGACAAGGUCCAAAAGACGCCCUGCGGCUUCGCCUUCGCCAUCUACUACACGCGGCGGGACGCGGAGGAGGCGGUGGCGUUCCUGAACGGCACGUUGGUGGACGAGCGGGCCAUCCGUGUGGAUCUGGACUGGGGCUUCGUGGAGGGGCGCCAGUACGGGCGAGGUCGCUCGGGAGGCCAGGUGCGUGACGAGUUCCGGCAAGACUACGACCCCGGCCGCGGCGGCUACGGCAAGCUGGUGCAGGCGGAGCUGAUGGAGCAGAUGGGCAUGGGCAUGGACGGCGGGGCGCCGGGCGGCGGCGGCCGGGAAAACAAGCGGCAGCGCGUGCAGGCAGAGGGCAGUGGCGGCCGCGGCGGCCGCGGAGGGCAGGGCCGGGGCAGCACAGGAGGCCGGGGCGAGGAGGCACAGCAAGGAGGAGGUGAGGAGGCGGCUGAGGCCGAGGGCGGAGGCGGAGGAGGCGGAGGCGGGGCCGAGGAGCGGGCGGAGCAGGUGGCGGAGCACGCGGAGGCCGCGGGCGGCGGUGCUGAGGGAGGUGCUGAGGAGAUGGAGGCAGAAGGGGCAGGUGGGGAGGCGGAGGCGGAGGCGGAGGCCGAGGCGGAGAUAGAUGAGGACUUCGCAGGGGGCGACCCAGAGGCAUUCGAGGGAGACGGGUGAGGAAGGCGAGUGAGGGGGCAAGGUUAGGGCACGGCGCAGGUGGCGCAAGCUUGGUGCUUUGGCGGAUGGUUUGGCGUGACAGAUCAAAAAGGUGUUGCCGCGGGUAGCGGAGCGCACAGGCGGCGGAAGGCACCCAGCUUGCACGGACUGAAGGUAAAUGCCCGAAGGCCAGGUCUAAGCAGCAUGAGGCUGGGCAUGCAGUGAGGUGUGCGUGUGCGGGAACCUGACUGGACAUGUGACUUCACUCUCGUCCCGGGCCACUUCGCCGCACCGUCUGAUGGACUCAUGGGCAUCGAACUGCGGUAACAUGUCA